AUGACAAACCUUUAAUAAAAAAAAUUUGAUAAUUAUGAUCUCAGAUCUUAAAUAGAAAGAUAGCCAAGCGCUGAAGGAAAGCAAAAAGACAAGCCUUCAGCCAACAUCCAAUACCCAGAAUCUGACAGCCUGCAUCCGACAACCAAGUCAGCAUUUAAUCCUAGUAAAGGAAAGCAGAAAGAAACAGCCAGCACCCGACAGCAGCUGAGUCGUCAGAAAGCAGAAAGACUAGCCUAUAGCCAUCAUCAAAUAGCCAGCAUCAAACAACCUCCAAGUCGCAGAAAGCAGAAAGACUAGUUGCCAGCAUCAAAUAGCUAGCAUCUGACAGCCGCCGAGUUGGCAGAAAGCAGAAAGACUAGCUGCCAGCAUUAAACAACCGCCGAGUCGGCAGAAAGCAGAAAGACUAGCUACCAGCAUCAAAUAGCCAGCAUCUAACAGCUGCCGAGUCGACAGAAAGCUGAAAGACUAGCUGCCAGCAUCAAAUAGCCAGCAUCAAACAACCUCGAAGUCGGCAGAAAGCAGAAAGACUAGCUGCCAUCAUCAAAUAGCCAGCAUCAAACAACCUCCAAGUCGCAGAAAGCAGAAAGACUAGUUGCCAGCAUCAAAUAGCUAGCAUCUGACAGCCGCCGAGUUGGCAGAAAGCAGAAAGACUAGCUGCCAGCAUUAAACAACCGCCGAAAAGCUGAAAGACUAGCUGCCAGCAUCAAAUAGCCAGCAUCAAACAACCUCGAAGUCGGCAGAAAGCAGAAAGACUAGCUGCCAUCAUCAAAUAGCCAGCAUCAAACAACCUCCAAGUCGCAGAAAGCAGAAAGACUAGCUACCAGCAUCAAAUAGCCAGCAUCUGACAGCUGCCGAGUUGGCAGAAGGCAGAAAGACUAGCUGCCAUCAUCAAGUAGCCAGCAUCAAACAACCUCCAAGUCGGCAGAAAGCAGAAAGACUAGCUACCAGCAUCAAAUAUCCAGCAUCCGACAGCCGCCGAGUUGGCAGAAAGCAGAAAGACUAGCUGCCAGCAUCAAACAGCCAAGCAGCCGAGUCGGCAGAAAGCUGAAAGACUAGCUGCCAUCAUCAAAUAGCCAGCAUCGACAGCUGCCGAGUUGGCAGAAAGCAGAAAGACUAGCUGCCAUCAUCAAAUAGCCAGCAUCUGACAGCUGCCGAGUUGGCAGAAGGCAGAAAGACUAGCUGCCAUCAUCAAAUAGCCAGCAUCAAACAACCUCCAAGUCGCAGAAAGCAGAAAGACUAGUUGCCAGCAUCAAAUAGCCAGCAUCUGACAGCCGCCGAGUUGGCAGAAAGCAGAAAGACUAGCUGCCAGCAUUAAACAACCGCCGAGUCGGCAGAAAGCAGAAAGACUAGCUGCCAGCAUCAAAUAGCCAGCAUCAAACAACCUCCAAGUCGGCAGAAAGCAGAAAGACUAGCUGCCAGCAUCAAAUAGCUAGCAUCCGACAGCUGCCGAGUUGGCAGAAGGUAGAAAGACUAGCUGCCAUCAUCAAAUAGCCAGCAUCAAACAACCUCCAAGUCGGCAGAAAGCAGAAAGACUAGCUACCAGCAUCAAAUAGCCAGCAUCUGACAGCUGCCGAGUUGGCAGAAGCAGAAAGACUAGCUGCCAGCAUCAAACAGCCAAGCAGCCGAGUCGGCAGAAAGCUGAAAGACUAGCUGCCAUCAUCAAAUAGCCAGCAUCUGACAGCUGCCGAGUUGGCAGAAGCAGAAAGACUAGCUGCCAUCAUCAAAUAGCCAGCAUCUGACAGCUGCCGAGUUGGCAGAAGGCAGAAAGACUAGCUGCCAUCAUCAAAUAGCCAGCAUCAAACAACCUCCAAGUCGCAGAAAGCAGAAAGACUAGUUGCCAUCAUCAAAUAGCCAGCAUCAAACAACCUCCAAGUCGGCAGAAAGCAGAAAGACUAGCUACCAGCAUCAAAUAGCCAGCAUCUGACAGCUGCCGAGUUGGCAGAAGGUAGAAAGACCUGCUGCCAUCAUCAAAUAGCCAGCAUCAAACAACCUCCAAGUCGGCAGAAAGCAGAAAGACUAGCUACCAGCAUCAAAUAUCCAGCAUCCGACAGCUGCCGAGUUGGCAGAAAGCAGAAAGACUAGCUGCCAGCAUCAAACAGCCAAGCAGCCGAGUCGGUAGAAAGCAGAAAGACUAGCUGCCAUCAUCAAAUAGCCAGCAUCAAACAACCUCCAAGUCGCAGAAAGCAGAAAGACUAGCUGCCAGCAUCAAAUAGCCAGCAUCUGACAGCCGCCGAGUUGGCAGAAAGCAGAAAGACUAGCUGCCAGCAUCAAACAGCCAAGCCGCCGAGUCAGCAGAAGGCAGAAAGACUAACUGACAGCCACCAUCAAACAGCCAGAAUCCAACAGCCGCAGAUUCGGCAGAAAGCAGGAAGACUAGCCUACAGCCAUCAUCAAACAGCCAAGCCUCCUAGUCAGCAGAAGGCAGAAAUACUAUCCGAUAGCCAGCAUAAGAUAGCCGCCGAGUAGGUAGAAAGUAGAAAGAGUAGCCAACAGCCAUCAUCAAAUAGCCAGCAUCAAACAGCCAAGCCGCGGAGUCGGCAGAAAGCUGAAAGAUUAGCUGACAGCCAGCAACUGAAAGCUGCCGAGUCAGCAGAAGGCAGAAAGACUAGCCGACAGCCGCUGAGUCAACAGAAAGAAGAAAGACUAGCCUACAGCCAUCAUCAAAUAGCCAGCAUCAAACAGCCAAGUCGCCGAGUCUGCAGAAAGCAGAAAGCAGAAAGACUAGCUGACAGCCAGCAUCUGACAGCUGCCCGAGUCGGCAGAUGGCGAAAAGACUAGCUGACGGCCAGCAUCAAACAGUCAGCAUCCUACAGCUGUCUAUUUGAUGCUGGCUGUCGGCUAGUAUUUAUGCUUUCUGCCGAUUCGGUGGCUGUCGGAUGCUGGCUAUUUGAUGAUGGCUGA